UGUGACAUGAUGUACAAUUUACACGCGAUUUGCGUACGUACGUUUUAUACGCCAAACUGUACCAGCUGUAUAUUCAUGAUGGGACUUGUAUCCAAAAUGUUUCCUGUUUCUACGCCGUAAUUUCUUAAUUAUUGGACUGAUCAAAUAAGUCGGUGAAGUGAAAUUUCGUGUCUGUAACUGGGAUCAGAAGUCCGAGAAAAUCAAAACAUGGCUGGCGGGGAGGAACCAGCUUUCCUUUCAGUAGGCACCGAUGUUAGCGCCAAGUACAGAGGUGCUUUCUGUGAGGCCAAAGUGAAAAUCAUCAAGAAGUUUGUCAAGUGCAAGAUCAACUUUACUGAUGCCCCAAAUGGAGUGGUUCCAGAUGAUUGCGUUAAGGGAAACCUUAAGGUGGGAGCGACAGUGGAGGCUAAGCACCCCGAGACAGAUGCCUGGACGAAAGGUGUCAUCAUGAAGCUGACUGAUGCCAGUACAUACACAGUGGUUUUUGAUGACGGCGAUGAGAAGACAUUGAGGAGAACAUCUCUGUGUCUGCAAGGAGAACGACACUUCAACGAAAGUGAGACCUUGGACCACUUGCCACUGACUGACCCUGAAAACUUUGGCACACCUGUCAUGCGUGAAAGCCAUAGUAAGAAAAAACGACGGCUCAGCACUCGCUCUCAUGCUGAUGAUGAUGACGAUGAUGAAGACAGUGACAUGGAGCCAUCAUCCAAGGUGACCAAGAAGGACGACCGGGAUGACAGCAUUGGCAAGGUCAUCGUCGUGGAAACCAACGACAAGCGCAAGAAUGCCUGGUUCCCUGCCCUGGUUAUCGACCCAACAACUGCUAAAGACACCCAGCCCAAAUCCAAGGAUCAUGUCGUUGCCAGAUCGUUCAAGGACAAUCGAUAUUACAGUGUUGACAAGCAGAAUCGUCGAGCGUUUGCCUCCAAAGAUCACAACUACAAAGGAGACUUAGCCACUUUGAAAACAGCCGUGGAAAAAGCUGUCCACUUUGUGGAAACGGGCCAGCUGCCUGGCAACUGGGACCCAGACAUGCUGAAGAGGAAUCGUGGGGCCGGUGGAGCGAAGGGGAAGGGGAAGAACGAUGGAGACAAGGGGGGCGGAGAUGAGGAGGAGGAGGUCAGUGAGGACGACUCCGACGAUGAUGAAUAUGAUGAAGAGAAAGAUGCUUGGUUGGCAUCGCUUCACAAGUUCAUGGAGGAGAGAAGCACACCUAUCAACAAGCCGCCGGUUUUAGGCUUCCGUGACCUGAACCUCUACAAGCUCUACAAGCUGGUCCAAGACUUCGGCGGUUGCCGCAAGGUGACGGACAAGCAGAAAUGGCGUCACAUCGCUACCAAGAUGGGUAUUCCUGCCGUCACCACCUCACAGCCUUACAACAUCAAAGCUGCUUACAACAAGUACCUGUAUGCUUUUGAGGAUUACAAUCGCAAGCUGGGUCCAGGCAUCAGCUUACCCAGGACGCGACGUCGGUCCUCGUACGGCGAGCACUGGCCCAUGCCCACCCUGCCUGUCCUGACCAAGAUAGAGAAGACGCCUCCCCCGCCAAAGAAGACACAAGAAGAGUCAGAGAGUGAAGAUGAGCCGGCAAUAACCUCACCAAGAUCCAAGAAGAAAGGCAAUAAGAAGUCUGAGGCCAAGUCAGAGAAGGAGACGCCGGACAAGAAGGAGAGCAAAGCCAGAGAGAAAGAGCGCAAAGAGGAGGAGAAAAAACUCAAGGACAAACGGGAGCGGGACAGCAAGCUGGAGAAAGAGAAAAAGGAAAAAGCCGCCGAGGAGGAAAAGAGGGAAAAGGCCAAACAGGAGAAGGACAAGAAGGAGAAGGAAAGCCGCGAGAAAGUAGGAAAGAAAGACAAGAAGGACGACAAGGAGGCGGAGCAACAGAAGCAGAAACGACUCAAAGAGAAGGAGAAAGAUGCCAAGAGACGACGGGAUCCACGGACAUUGGAAGGACCGGGCGGGAAAGCCGACGAUAAAGAGGAGGACGAGGACUCGGGAAACGAUGCGCCGGAACAAAAGCCAGACCACGACCCUUCUAUCCAGGCUGACUUUGAGAUCGGUGAGAAGAUCAAAGUGCAGUACGGCCGAGGCAGGACACAGAAGAUCUACGAGGCAAAGAUUGUUGAUUAUGAAGUUGAGGGUGGACGUGUGGUCUACACCAUUCAUUACAUGGGAUGGAACGUCCGCUUUGACGAGGUCAUCACGGCUGACCGCAUCCUGGGCUGGGCAGAGAAGAAACGGGAGAGGCAGCAGAAAGACCGGGAGAAGGAACGGAAGGAGAAAGAGCUGGAAGCGGAGAGGGAACGGAAGGAGAAGGAAGAACGGGAAAACGAGCGGCGGGAACGGGAAAAGGCCAAACGGGAGCUGGAGAAGGCCCAGGAAAAGGAGCAGAAGGAGAAGGAGCGCAAGGAGAAGGAGAAGAAGGAACGGGAAAAGAAGGAAAAGGAGCUGAAGGACAAAGAGGAAAAGGAGCAGAAGGAGAGGGAAGAGCGGGAAAAGGCGGAACAGGAAGCCAAGCGGAAAAAGAUGGAAAAGGAACGGGAAAAGGAGAAAGAGCUGAAGAAGGCAUCGGAAGAGAAACCCGAGAAGGAUAAACACCAGGCCAAGAGUUCAGGGAAGAGAGGCCGGCCUUCGGUAUCCAAGACACCCACAUCCACACCAGCGACCAGCUCUUCUGGUAGCACUACCCCACCCACCAGCGCCACCACCCCGGGAAGGUCAACCCCUCCCCAGGAAGGCAAUACCAGCAAGUCCCCGGUUCUCAGCAGGUCCUAUCCAACUCGUGCCAGCAGGAGAUCAGACAGGAAAAGCUUGUCAGAUUCCCCAUUUGCUUCUGGUCUUCCAGCCAAACCAAGGCCAAGGAGAAGUUCUGGAUACUCAGAGAGUGUCUCCAGAAGUGAGAAGGAGUGGUCUGACAGUGAGAGUGAUGAAGUGGAAGAAAGCAGCUCUCAGGAUAGUGAAUCUCAGCCGCCGGAAAGCAAGGACAAUCAGGAGACUGUGGAUGAGGAAGAGAAGGUCCAGCAGGACUUGGGAAAGACAGAAUCCCAGCCAGAACUCAUCCUAGAGAAGCUCAAGGAAGACAACGUGGAUCUGAAGGCGGCCAAGGAGGAGAAAGAAGGAGAAGUGGAGAAAGUCGUCAAGGAAGAUACAACAGAGGUGCCAAAAGAUGCCGAUGAUGUCAAAGAUGCCUCGGAGGAAAAAGAUCAGGAAGGAAAGAAAGAGGAGCUGGCAAAAGAAGACGAGGAGAUGGAGUCAGAAGAGGCAAAGGUUUCAUCAAAUGAGAGUCCACCAGAGCUGAGUCCUCAAGAAGAACCUCCAGUCCAGCCUGAGGAGAGCACCAAGAAGAAAGAGAAGAAGGAGAAGAAAGAUGCCAAGAAGGAAGGCAAGAGCAGGUCCAAGAAGGAGAGCAAAGCCAAAAAAGAGCAGUCCCGCCAGAGCUCAGGUGAUGCCAAGAAAGAGACCAAGGGCAAGAAGGAGUCUGCGAAGAAGUUGUCACAAGCGAAAGCUGAGGUUGCCAGGGAAAAGGAAAAAGAGGAGCAAGAGAAAGAAAAGAAGGAGCGGGAGAAAGAAAAGAAGGAGCAAGAGUUGGUUGAGAAGAUGUUGGCACAGGUUGAAAACGAGGGUAAGAAGAAAAAAGGAAGAAAGCGUGGAAGAGGGAAAAGCGUUGAGAGCAAGGCUAAAUUAAAAGACGACGGAGAGAAGGAUGACGUUGUUACAGAGCCCCAGGAAAAGAAGAAGAAAGAGUCUGACCAGAAGCACAGUAAGAAAGCUGAGUCUAGCAAACCAGACACCAAACAAGAAUCAAGUUCCAAGGAUAAAACUGUGGACUCUGAGAAGGCGGAGAGUUUCCCAGCCCCCUCCGAGCCUAGUAGCAAGGGCAAAUUUCUGCUGUCGACCCCACCGACGUCACCGGAGAAUUCCCCUGCUGCACCUUCAUCGCCGGCAGGCCAUGACAUGGCCAAGGGCUCCCACCACGAAGCAGAUGAUGAGCACGUCAGUAGCAAAUCAGACAGCGAUGCCAUGAUAGAGGUGGCAAGUCUUGGGGAGUCCAGCCAAGCAGCGCGACGGCAUUCCCCUCACCACGAUGCUAGUUCCUCUAGUAGCAGUGCCGACAUGGGUGCAGGGCAUGGCCCCGCUGUAACCGCCGAUGUGAGAAACGUCAAGAUCGAACCGAUGGACACGCCAUCCCCCAAGAGGCGAAAACGGAACACCUCGGAGUCGGAGAGCACGCACAAGCGGUCGCGCAAGCGGAGCAGGCGUCAGUCCUCCAUCUCGGCUGCGGUCGCCGAACGCCGCCGAUCGUCCGCCAGGGAUCAGCCUCGCAACAGCAGCAGUGACACAGAUGAAACCCAGUCAGACACCAAGCACAGCCAUGCCGCACAUCGGACAGAGAGACGAGAAGCAGAGAAAAGGAUGACGGAAACACUUCCAAAGAUUAGCAACAGUCCAAGCACCAGCAGGAUAGAAGGACCACCCAUACAACGCAAGUGGAAUUUUCUAAUAGACGUUAGCCACAUCAACGAUCCCGAGGAGAGGAUAGAGCUGAUCCAGAGGCAGUUGAAUGACCUGCGCAAGAUCUACAUGCAGCUCAAGCAGGAGGUAGCCACCAUCGACCGACGCAGGAAAAAGUUCCGGCGAAAAGAAAGAGAAGCGGCAGCAGCAGCAGCCCUAGCGAGUCAGAAGCAAUCUUCCGAAAAGAAGGCGACAGACAGCACGUAGAAGCCACUCCUUUUUAUUUUCUUUUUUCAUUUUUAAACUGCACAUGAGUCCUUAUACAACAAAUCAACCCCUUUUGUGCCAAAGACUGUCUCCAUUUUACCGCCGAAAGAAUCAUUGUCUUCAAGGUGAAUUUGUGAUUUUUUUUUUUUUAAGGAAAACUUUGAAUGAAAUGACUGUUUGCAAUAACAAUACCAAGCUGCUUUGCAUAUUUGUGUAUGUCAGAUUGGGAAUUGUAGCUUUAUCUCUAUAAAAAGAGCCUGUGCCAUAUCCAUAU